CUUCAAAUUCAGUUUUAUACUUUACCUAUUCAAUUCUUAGUUAUCAUCGUUAAUCUAUAAUGGGUGCUACAACUGCUGAUUCCAUUCCUCUUAUUACACCAUACAAGAUGGGAAAAUUCAAUCUCUCUCAUAGAGUUGUUAUGGCACCACUCACUAGGAUGAGAUCAUACAACAAUGUUCCUCAACCCAUUGCUAUCAACUACUACGCUCAGAGAGCAUCUGAAGGUGGUCUUCUCAUAGCAGAAGCUACUGGUAUUUCUGACACUGCUCAAGGCUAUCCAAAUACACCAGGUAUUUGGACUAAGGAACAUGUGGAGGCAUGGAAACCAAUUGUAGAUGCUGUUCAUGCUAAAGGAAGUGUCUUUUUCUUACAGAUUUGGCAUGUUGGAAGGGUUUCAAAUUCAACUUAUCAACCAAAUGGACAAGCACCAAUAUCUUCUACAGAUAAGUCUCUCACAAGCAAUGAUGUACUAAAAUUCACGGCACCUAGACGACUAAGGACAGAUGAAAUUCCUAAUAUUGUCAAUGACUUCAAACUUGCUGCAAGAAAUGCUAUUGAAGCUGGUUUUGAUGGGGUUGAAAUCCAUGGAGCUCAUGGUUAUCUACUGGAUCAAUUCAUGAAAGAUAAAGUGAAUGAUAGGACUGAUGAAUAUGGCGGAUCACUGGAAAAUCGUUGUCGGUUUACAUUAGAAGUUGUUGAAGCUGUUGCAAAUGAAAUAGGAGCAGAUAAAGUUGGAAUAAGAUUAUCACCAUUUACUGAAUAUAUGGAAAGUGGAGACUCCAAUCCCAAUGCGUUGGGACUUUAUAUGGCUAAUGCCUUGAACAAAUAUACUAUUUUGUACUGCAACGUGGUGGAACCAAGACUAAUACAUACCUUUGAUCCAGUUGAAACCCCGCACAGCUUGGUGCCAAUGAGAAAGGCUUUCAAUGGAACUUUCAUGGUUGCAGGAGGCUAUAACAGACAAGAUGGGAACAAUGCAAUAGCUGAAAACAGGGCAGAUCUUGUUGUUUAUGGUCGUUGGUUCAUAUCUAAUCCAGAUUUGCCAAAGAGAUUUGCACUUGAUGCUCCUCUCAACAAGUAUAACAGAGAAACAUUUUACAUUCCUGAUCCAGUUAUUGGUUAUACCGACUACCCUUUCUUGAAUGAUGAAACACAUGUUAUAGAAUCCAAGGUUUGAACUUCCAUAUUAAAUAAGCUUUUUUCCCUCUCACACAUUGGUUAUUGUAGUAAGUAAGUAACUUACAGAAUUUUUUUGUUGCUGAUAAGUAGUUUUUAUUAUUGAUUCUUCUCUGUUAGGACACACGGAGUGUAAGACUAUAAUGUAUUUGGUAUUUUAAUAACAUCUGAUAUUAUGUUAA